GAAAAGCGCCGAGCGCUGGGCGGGGUGCGCCAAUGACUCGGGACACGAGUCGCUCGUACAGUGCGCGGCAGUGAGCCCCCUCUCGUCACAUUCUCUCUCUCUCUCUAAAGAGAGAGAACACAACUCUUUCUGUUUUUUUUUUCCCAAGGGCGAUAAAGCAGCCGAAUUGUUGUGUCGUUAAGUCGGGACUCCCCCCUCCUUGCCCCACCCAAGAGAAGCGCCACACAGCGUCGGUGGCGAUGAUGAUGGUCGUGAUGAUGAUGGUGAUGUUGGCGACAGACUGAAGGGGGUUCCUCCUCCUCUCUCUCGCUCUCGUCUCGCGUCUUCCACAGCACCCCGAGGAAGAGGACGAGGAGACGUGGGUGGUGGUGGGGGUGGAUUCUGCGUCUUGGCGGAGUCGUCUGGCUGGAGUCGUGACGCUGUUCGCGACUCCCGGGCGCGGCGGCAGAUGGAGGUCGCAGGCGGUGCCGUCAAUGCCACCACGGCGACUCCCGAAACCUCGACCGCCGACGGCAUCUUGAAGCCUCUGAUCAUUGACGACAACUUGGUGGGCACGCUGCUGGCAGUGAUUGGAAACAUCAUCAUCAGCAUCUCGCUCAAUGUCCAGAAAUGUGCUCACUCGCGGGUCUCGGCGCUGGACGGCGAGCGGCGGCGUCCGUACGAGCGCAGCAAGCUGUGGUGGACGGGCCUGCUGCUCAUGCUGCUCGGGGAGCUGGGCAACUUCGCGGCGUACGGCUUCGCUCCGGUGUCGCUCAUCGCGCCGCUCGGUGCCAUCACCGUCAUCGCGAGCGGCAUCAUCGCGGUGUUCUUCCUCAAGGAGGCGUGCCGAGCGUCGGACUUGCUGGGCGCUGCCCUGGGCCUCGCUGGCACGUACCUGCUCGUGACGUUUGCGCCCAGCGACCAGCAGCAGCUGACGGGCGACAACGUGGUGCAGUACACGAUCAGCUGGGCCUUCCUCCUCUACUUGUUGUUGGAAAUCGUCCUCUUCUCCGCCCUCCUCUAUUUCCACUUGAAGCUCGGCAUCACCGACAUCGUGGUGUGUCUUUUGCUGGCGGCGUUGAUGGGAUCGAUCACGGUGAUCUCGGUGAAGGCCGUGUCUGGGAUGGUGACGCUGUCCGCCCGCGGCAGCAUGCAACUGGACCACCCCAUCUUCUACGUCAUGUUCGUCGUCAUGGUGGCCACAGCAGUGGCCCAAGUCUCGUUCCUCCGUGAAGCCAUGUGCCACCACGACUCCAUCCACGUCGUUCCCAUCAACUACGUGUUCUUCACCACCAGUGCCAUCAUCGCAGGCGCGAUCUACUACCAGGAAUUCUACGGGACCACCGUGCUCAACGUGACCAUGUUCCUGUUUGGCUGCCUGCUCUCCUUCAUGGGCGUCUUCCUCAUCACUCGCAACCGGCCCAAGCCUGCGGCUCCCACGCCCUUCGUCAACAUGGACAUGUUCAGAGACCUCGGCAAGGUGAUGAGCGAGAAGGAGCCGGUGCAGCCGGAGCUGGGGGGCACGGCGCUCUACGGGGCCCUCUCGGCCACCCAGCAGCCGCCGCCGGCGCCCGUCCAGUUCCCCCUGGGUGAUGGUGACCUCCGUGACCCCUCGCACUGACGGACCCCCCACCUACGGAUACCUUCGCAAGCCUCGCCGCGUAAAACUGACGGAGCAGGCGGGGGGAGAUGGCCUGACGGCACGCUCGCUAUGCCGCUGCACGUGGCGGAUGCCUUUUCCGCACGUGGCGUGUUGUUGUUGUUGUUGUUGUUGUCGCUGUUGCCGCUUGGGCACGGGGGCUGACAGCGCUGUGCAUGAUGCGUGUCCGAAGGUGGGCGGUGUAGGCAGGCACCAGGUAACCAUCGAUGCCGCCACUCCCCCACUCCCCCACUCCCUCAUCCCCACCACGAACGGUUUAACGAAUCGUCGUUCGACGUUUCGGAGGCCGUAAUUCGAUUCGAGAUAUUGUCACGGCUCCUGAUGACGUCGGGGUCAUCCACAAAGCUCGAUCUCGUGCUCGUUCUUGGGCGGGUGACCACCAUCAACUCGGGCUUUGCCGGUUGGCGCUGUCGGCAUGAAUCCGUGAGGUGGCGAGGGAGAUGGUGGUGAUGAGUUGUACGUGUGCUGGGUUCUUCUCUGGGUUCUCCGCUUUACACCCCCCCCUCCACUCCGCGAAUCAUCCGAGACGGACUUUGCCGGGCGAGUGAGUUGUUCCGCGUCGCGUUAUCCGGCCUCGUUCUGUCCGCUGCCAUUUAUUUUAACCCAGGUGUAGACCACGCAUUGAGCCCCACGACUUCGACAAGUCGUAAAUCAUUGAUCGAUGAUGCAGGGCGUCUUGCUCAGGAGGGGAUGCCAAGCAGGGUGCUCGAGGUUGGUUUGACGAGAGGGGCGCCACUGGGAGUUGGGUCCCGCCCCCCCCCCACCCCCCGUGCAUGGCAGAUCUUAAUCGGUGGCGCGAACCCCCGCCUGGCAUGCGCUAAUUCACGAUACUCGAUAUCCGGCACGCGUAUGCGGUUAAUUGUAUUGCUGUCUUCGCAGUCACACACCAUUUGUGUAUAUUUUAUUCUCUGUAAACAUGUGCCUGUAAAGAGUUGCCGAUUGCCUUGUUCUGUUUACAUUUUUUGUAUGUGUGUUUGUUUGUUUGUGUAUAUAUCACUUUAUAUAUAUAUAAACAAGAGAAUUUGUCACUGCUCGUGAAAGUAUAACAUGUGUUAUGUAGAUAGGAUGUGUAACGAAUAAAGGAAUACUAAUCGUAGCUAUAUAUUGUUCUGGAUGCAACCUUAACUAAUGAGAUGUGCAGUUUGCAAAUAACCUGCCUUUGCGGUUACACAAAUCCAAUUCACGCCGUCGCUUUAAAAGAAAAAAAUCGCCUUUUUGAAUGGUGCAUUUCAUGAGCACUUUACAACCAUCUCCCGGAGUGGAAAUAAAAGAAAUGGGAUGAUGCAAUGAA